AUGCACAAGCUCGAAAGGUAUCACUACCAGCGUGACAUGAUCCUCUGCUUCUCCCUGCAUGUCCUGCAUGUUCUCAUACAUGCAGCCCUAUUUGUGGUCAUCUCGCACCACUACGAACAUGCUAUCACAAUACACUUUGAUAGCUCCACCACUACAUGGGCUCCCCUCUUUGUGGGUACAAUUUUGCAGAUCUUCGCAACGGGGUACAAUGCCAUCCUCGUGCUUUUAACCCAGCGUCGCGCCCUUCGAAAUGAUCUCAGCGCUCGACAAACCCUCACGGCCGUCCACAAUAAGGCUUCAGCAUGGCUAGGUCUUGAAUCGGCCUUAGAAUCACUUUGGCAGCAAACCAAACUAAGCGCCGCAGCCUGGGGCGUAUCUUGCAUCACUCUCUACUUGCUUUGUGUGUUCGCGCUGCACAUCAGCAUCCAGGGCUUCUUCCAUGUUGUGCUGUACACUGCAACAAUGCCGACACUGCAGUUGACAAACCUUACCAACGCCAACUACACUGCAAACAUGGUGCCUGCAUAUGAUGUCCUGCUUGCUUAUGGUCAGAUACAGAAGGUCGCACUGCUGGACAACAUGGUGUAUGAUAUCAUCCCUCAAAUUCCAAGUGCUACGGGUAACACCAUGGUGAAUGCAUCGGUGUAUAAUGUGCAAUGCAUGGUGUUGCUGAACAUUCAGCCUGACAACAUGAUAGAAGAUACCUCCAUACCAACGGUGUACUACGUCAUGGAUGGCCCAGACAGUGCUGAAAUAGGGCUAAAAUUACUCUGUAUAAGAGAUUGCUGGGCUCCAAUCAUUAUAGGAACCACUGUCUCCGUUGCUGAUUCGUCAGGCGCAGGAGUCCCGACUUUGACCGGUAACCCUGGAUCCCCACCACAUUCAUCGAGGUGCAAACCAUCGGAACAGACGCUACAGGCAACAGCCCGGAAGGUGAUCUUAAUGACUGCGGUCCAAGUGGUCACUUGUGCAGUGGAGAUAAACGAUAAGCAAAUCAAUAUCUCUGCGACAACGCGGCAGCCGCUUGCUUCACCUCCUGAACCGUCUGAGGCAUUCUGGACUACAUUCUCGUGGCCGGACAAUCUAACACCGACUGACUCACGGCUUAUAGCGGCUCAGAAUGCUCUGAUUCUCUCACCUUCCAGCGGCCAUGGGAACGAUGCAUUCCUGAACUUUGCAAACCCGAGCAACACCAUCACAAACGUUACUGCCGCUGGGCUGAUUGUUUCUUCGGCACAUAACAACAGUUUGCCAAUAAACUCUGACUCCUUCGACAAUGUCUCCAUAAGCUUGACGCAAUUGCCGACUGCCUUCAAUAUGUGGGUUUGUUUCUGUGUCUUCGUAGCAGAAGAGCUGGGUAUUGUUGCUCAUAAUCGCACCAACAUCACCCUGACGGACCUAAAUCACAGCAUCGGGAAGGCUCUUGCAGCAGUGCACUGGUAUGGUUUGUACCAGAGAUUGAACCCCAUGUAG